AUGUUCAUCAGAACCAGGAUCCACGGGCCGCUCAGUUGGGAUAACUUCUUCUGCUCUCUCUCGACAUGCCUCGCGCUUGCACACUCCUGCCUUACGAUUGUUGCCACACGACAUGGUCUCGGACAUCGACUCGAUACUCUGAAGCCUUCUACGGUCAACCUACAACGACUACUGGCAUGGUCAAACAAUCAGAUUUACAUCGGCACCCUCGCCUUCUCUAUGCUUUCAGUGUGCUUUCUCAUCGCAAGAGUCUCGAAGCAAACUGAGCAAGCCCGCUUCGCCUACAUCAUUGCUGGCCUGACAACUCUAUGGGCUGUGAUCUGCAUGCCGGUGCUUGCGCUAGAGUGUGACCUGCCGCGGCCAUGGAUCACUAGUCCCAGGAGUCGAUGCACGAACAUCUAUCACGUUUGGAUUGCUGUCACCAUCACCAAAACGCUCCUCGAAGUCGCCAAUGUUCUUGCGGCCGUCAAACUACUUUGGGGCGUCCGCAUGCCAUGGAAAGCGAAAGUCGCAGUAGUGGCUGCAUUCACGAUCAGACUCCUCGUCAUCCCGCCCGGCCUCACUCGCCUUCGCUAUAUCCGCCAGACCCUCCACAGCCAGGAUUGGAGCUACUCCCGCAUCCGCGUGGUGAUCAUCACCCAGGUCGUCCUCCACGUCAGCGUCAUUCUCGCAACAGUCCCGUGCAUCAAGCCCUGGCUAGUCGCCUUCGAGAGCGGCGGCCUUCAGCCUCACCCGGAUGUGCGCAAAGAAUCGCACGCACCUCGCCGUACACCUCUUCCGAGCCCACUUCUCCCGCUGCCCGCGACAGCUCGUUCCCGGACCACCACGCUCACUCGAUCUACCAGCCUCGAGUUUCCGGCCAGGCCAAAACUUCUUCACCGCUCUGCGAGCCACGACCCGGAUGUCAUGACUCCCGGCCCAGCUGGCCACCGCAAGCGAGUUGAAGCCUGGCCGGUCAAAACCUACCAGACUCAAGCAACGUACUCCGUCACAGCAGAGUACGUCCCAGACCCCGAGCAAGUCGGCGGACGGAAAAAGUCAGCCAGUUCGGUCAGGAGCGACGGCAUCACGAGGACGAAAUUGUUUUCGGUACAGCACGAUGAGAUCCAAGACUAUUUCCUGACUUCUGAAGCUGAGCAGGUGACGCCGUCGACGUUGGAGGAGGGCACAGUGGAAACGGUGCCAAGUUUACCGCUUGAGGUUGUGGGUGGGUUGCUGAGGGAUGAUGCAAGAGGGAGUAGAGGGACGGUGCAGACGCUGAGGGGUCUUUGA